AUGUCUACAGUGAAUAAAAAAGUGAAUUACCCAUUUUGGUAUGGUGGUGCUGCCAGUAUGGUUGCAUGUUUAGUGACACAUCCAUUAGAUCUUGCCAAGGUUCGUUUACAAACUGCAUCUAAACCAGGGCAAUCUUUAGGUUCGAUGGUGUACCAAAUUAUAACUAAGGAAGGAUUUCUUAAGAUUUACUCAGGUUUGAGUGCAUCCUUAUUAAGACAGGCUACUUAUUCGACAGCUAGAUUUGGAAUAUAUGAAUUUUUGAAAGAAACUUACACCGAAAAGUAUCAUACAACUCCAUCAACUGGUAUAUUGUUACCAAUGUCUAUGGUUGCGGGUGCUUUGGGUGGUUUGAUAGGUAACCCAUCCGAUGUUGUUAAUAUUAGGAUGCAAAAUGACUCAUCAUUGCCUAUCGAACAAAGAAGAAACUAUAGAAAUGCUUUUGACGGUAUUUUCCGUAUUAUUAAGGAAGAGAAGGUUUCUUCAUUAUUUAGAGGGUUAGUUCCAAAUUUGACCCGUGGUGUUUUAAUGACAGCAUCACAAGUUGUUACAUAUGAUAUCGCAAAGAACUUAUUAGUUGACACUCUCCAUUUGGACCCAUCUAAAAAAGCUACUCAUUUUAGUGCCUCAUUAUUAGCUGGGUUAGUAGCAACCACUGUGUGUUCUCCAGCAGACGUCGUCAAGACCAGAAUCAUGAAUGCGAAAGGUGCUAGUAAUGGUAGUACUAUUUCUAUCUUAACUUCUGCCGUUAAGACAGAAGGAGUUGGGUUCAUGUUCAGAGGUUGGUUACCUUCCUUUAUUAGACUCGGUCCUCAUACCAUCGUCACCUUCUUAGCGUUAGAGCAGUUAAGAAAGUUUAAGGUUGGUAUGUUUUAA